AUGACCAACAUUCUGAUUUUCACCAUCUUCAUUGCGAUAAUAUUUGGGAUAAAAUCACCGGCGCCUUUAACUCACCUGGCCACCGCCCAACAGUACCCUGAUCCCGAAACCAUAAAGAGAAAUCCCGCAAAAUUAGACGAAGCCACCAAAUUAAUCUAUAGUCGAUUCAAUUCUAUAUCCUCACUUUUCCAUGAGGAUGCCAUGGAUGAUCUUGGCUUCUGCAUGAAAAACAUAACUGCUGAGUGGAACGAAGCUUUUGAUUUCUCGGGUGAUACAAAAUUCUUGUCUAAUUGCAUCCAAAAGACAAACGGCAAUAUCCUUCAGCGACUAUGCACUGCAGCAGAUAUAAAAUUCUAUGUAACUGUUCUCUCAGAAGCUGAGAAACAAGGAUUUAAGAUAACCAAUUACAUAAAAGGUAACAAGAACUGUAAUCUUAAAUCUUGGGUUUCUGGAUGUGAACCUGGUUGGGCUUGUUCUGUUGAAAAAGACACUGAAGUUGAUCUAAAAAACAAAGAUGAAAUCCCUUUUAGAACUUCUGAUUGUCAACCUUGUUGUGAAGGUUUCUUCUGCCCCACUGGCCUCACCUGUAUGAUACCUUGUCCUUCUGGAUCAUAUUGUCCUCUUGCCCGGCUUAAUCCCAAGACUAAUAUGUGUGAUCCAUAUCGAUACCAACCACCACCAGGGGCCACUAACCAUAGUUGUGGUGGGGCAGAUGUUUGGGCAGCUGUUGUAAAUAGCCGUGAGGUUUUUUGUCCAGCUGGCUUCUUCUGCCCGAGUUCUGUUGAGAAAUAUUCUUGCCAAUCUGGACAUUACUGCAGACUUGGAUCAACAUCUCAAACAAAGUGUUUACAAUUGGCUACAUGCAACAAAGAGGCUUCAAAUCAGAAUAUUACUGCAUACGGAUUAAUAACUUGUGGAGGAUUGACACUUGUGCUUUUGAUAUUUUACAACUGCACGGGUCAAGUAAUAUCCACAAGAGAAAAACGAAAAGAAAAAUCAAGAGAAGCAGCUGCACAAAGUGCAAAAGAAUUAGCACAAGAAAGAUGGAAAGCUGCAAAAGAAAAUGCAAAAAGAAAAGCAGUUGGAAUACAAACAUCUUUAUCAAGAACAUUUUCACGAAGAAAACCCGCAAUUUCAGACACCUCAAAAGAUCCAAUUCCUUCGUCUAGAGAUGAAAACGAAGAUCAAAACAAUCUCACAAUGAUGAUUCAUGAUCUUGAAGAUGACCCUGAAAGCCACGAUGGAUUCAGUGUUGAAAUUGGAGAUAAACAUUUAAAGGGUUCGAAACCUAAAAAACUACAUACACGUAGUCAAAUAUUCCAAUAUGCGUAUGGGGAAAUUGAAAAGGAAAAAGCAAUGGAACAACAAAAUGGGGAUUUGACAUUUUCGGGGGUUAUUUCUAUGGCUACUGAUACGACUAUGAGGAUUAGACCUAGAAUGGAGGUUUCUUUUAAGGAUUUGACUUUGACUUUGAAGGGGAAAAAGAAACAUUUGUUGAGAUGUGUGAGUGGAAGUAUUUAUCCUGGACACGUGUCAGCUGUUAUGGGUCCUUCAGGAGCUGGAAAAACAACGUUUUUAUCUGCUUUAACUGGAAAAGCAAGUGGAUGCACUGUGAAUGGAUCGAUUCUUAUAAAUGGGAGGGAUGAAUCCAUGAAUUCUUAUAAGAAAAUUAUUGGGUUUGUUCCUCAAGAUGAUAUUGUUCAUGGUGAUUUGACUGUUGAGGAGAAUCUUUGGUUCAGUGCUAAGUGUAGACUUCCAGCGAAUCUUUCUCGAGCUGAUAAAGUUCUUGUUGUAGAAAGAGUGAUCGAGUCUUUAGGCCUUCAACACAUAAGAAACUCUUUAGUUGGAACAGUAGAAAAACGAGGGAUAUCAGGGGGACAAAGAAAGCGAGUAAAUGUGGGUUUAGAAAUGGUUAUGGAACCUUCUCUUUUAAUUCUUGAUGAACCCACUUCCGGUUUAGACAGUUCUUCUUCUCAAUUACUUCUUAAAGCCCUUCGACGUGAAGCCCUUGAAGCUGUUAAUGUGUGCAUGGUUGUACACCAACCAAGUUAUAGCUUAUUCAGAAUGUUUGAUGACUUGAUCCUUCUAGCAAAAGGUGGACUUGUUGCAUACCUUGGACCUGUAAAAAAAGUGGAAGAAUAUUUUUCAGGAAUUGGGAUCGAUGUUCCAGAACGUGUAAAUCCACCGGAUCAUUAUAUUGAUAUAUUGGAAGGAAUGGUCAAAUGUUCGGUCAACUAUAAAGAGCUUCCGGUCAAAUGGAUGCAUCAUAAUAGUUACCCUAUACCCCAAGACAUGAGAGAUUCAGAUUCAUCUGAAUCUGGUCAGGAUUCUGUUGGAGGUUCAUCCACCUCAGCUGCCCACCAAUCUUAUGCAGUGGAAUUAUGGCAGGAGUUUAAGCUUUUUGUUCAAAUGAAAAAUGAUGAUUUUUUAAGUUAUUUUAAAAGGAGGAAAGAUUUGUCUAAUCGUGUUACCCCGGGUGUACUUCGACAAUAUCGAUAUUUUCUAGGGAGGGUGGCGAAGCAAAGAAUACGUGAAGCUAGGCUACAAGCUGUGGAUUAUUUGCUUUUGUUGAUAGCUGGAAUUUCUUUAGGAACACUCGCUAAAGUGAGUGAUGAAAACUUUGGGGCAGUUGGAUAUACUUACACCAUCAUUGCUUUUUCUUUACUCAGCAAGAUUGCGGCUAUGAGAUCAUUUACAUUAGAUAAAUUACAAUUUUGGAGAGAACGUUCUUCUGGAAUGAGUUGCUUUGCGUACUUUUUUUCAAAAGAUACAAUCGACCAAUUCAACACAGUAAUAAAACCCGCAGUUUACCUUUGCACAUUUUACUAUUUUAACCCUCCAAGAUCCUCCAUCGUCGAUAAUUACAUCAUCUUACUUUGCUUGUUGUACUGUGUGUCUGGGUUCGCUUAUGCCCUUGCCAUCUACCUCGAAGCUGGUUCUGCCCAAUUAUGGUCGGUGUUGCUUCCUGUUGUGUUGACACUUAUUGCAACUCAAGAUAAUGAGAAGGGAUCGAUUAUACCUUUUAUAAAAAAGUUUUGUUACCCUUCAUGGGCUUUGGAAGCAUUCUUGGUAGCUAAUGCCGAAAGGUUUGACAUCAUUUUAUUUUUACACCUUUUGAUUCUUUUUAUUUUAUUUUUAUUUUUAUUUUUUUUAGUUUUAAAAAUAAAAUCACACCACCCACUACAACUCUGUAAAAAUAGUUAUACUUCGAGCAACCUUUUAGCUGGCCCGCUAGCAUCAUCAGGUAUAUAAUAGCUGGUUGACAUAAGAGCCAAACGACCACAUUCGAAUUAGAACUCUCCUUUUUUUUCGUUAAGUCUUAAACAAUCUUAACGAGACUAAAUGACUAUUUUACCCUUACAUUCUAACAAACCAUUUUCAUUCUAACAAACUAUUUUACCCUUACAUUCCAACAAACUAUUUUCACAAUCUUAAUAAGACUAAAUGAUUAUUUUACCCUUACAUUCCAACAAACCAUUUUCAUAAUCUUAAUAAGACUAAAUGACUAUUUUACCCUUACAUUCCAACAAACCAUUUUCAUUUUAACAAACUAUUUUACCCUUACAUUCCAACAAACUAUUUUCAUAAUCUUAAUGAGACUAAAUGACUAUUUUACCCUUACAUUCCAACAAACAAUUUUCAUUCUAACAAACUAUUUUACCCUUACAUUCCAACAAACUAUUUUCACAAUCUUAAUGAGACUAAAUGACUAUUUUACCCUCACAUUCUAAAAAACCAUUUUCAAAAAAGUAAAAUAGUUAAAAGGGUUGGUGUCUAGACACACUAAGCUAUAUUUUUUUGCUUAACCCAUCAAGUCAUUCUAUCUAGAUUAAGUUAAAAAAGAAACCCAUAUAUAGUUGUCCACAGUAAGUGCUUAACUCAUUAAGUCAAAAAAGAAA